AUGCCCAUGAUCGGCUCAGAUUGCGGGUUCGUCGGGGGCAAACUCGUGCAUGUCAUUGCUGUCAUAGAAUACAUGCAGGUCAUCGAUGUUUCAAGUCAAAAACAACAGACUCAAGAUUACGACGACGGUCACGACACUCAAUGGUCCGGGCAGUUCAACGUGCUGAGAUGGGUUUCUCACUGCCAGCUUCAAAUUGAGUGGCCAGAACUACGUAGACGUGCGGUGCUGCUUGGCGCGGAACGGAAGGAGCUGGUCUGUGCGGUUAGCUAUAAACCCUUGUUCGAGACUAGUUGGAAGAACUGCACCAGCCAUGACGUCGUCAAACUGGAACCACAAAACCUUCGCAUUCAGGACUUGAAUUGGAUUGAAGAGUUGGAAUCGCGGUGUCUCGUUGAGGGCUUGCCCGCCCAAGUGGUAGCAACCCCAUCUAAGAGGAGCUGGGGAAAAAGGGUCAGCCCUUCUUUCCUGAUGGUGGGGAGCAUACUCAAGAUUGAAGCCACUUCUUCAACCUUCCGGGUCUUCAGUCACCGUAGUUUAAGUUCUCUAUGGCGAACUCAUGCCACUGCUGGAGCUCGAAUUGUACUCACCCUCUCCCUCGCACUCCCUCGCCGCUUGGUUGAUGUUCAAAUCUGGCAACAAACUUGCGCGCUUUCACGAUCGUCGUGGGCAGAUAGUUGGGGAGCCAAUGACGUGUGUAUAUAUUGGAAAUUGAGUGGGAAUCAAGUUGUACGAACGGAAGAACUUGGGAAGAACGAGAAGCGAGCAUCCCAGCGACAAAUGUCUCUUUCCAAUGUUAAAUCCCAGGCCGCAGUGGAUAUAGAAAGACAACAGAGACGAGCACACAAUGUUCGAAACGUCACCAAGCGUUUUCGCGUCCUCAUCAUUGGCCGCGCCAAUGCGGGGAAGACAACCAUCCUCCAGCGAGUUUGCAAUACAACGGAACAGCCGAAAAUUUUCAAUCAGAAGGGUCAUGAGAUUGACUCGUCCAAGCUCGAUCCAACUGCACAGGUAACAUGGAUCUACACUCUCUAUUACAUUUUACUGAAAGUGUGGCAGAGAGGGGAGCAUGAUAUUGAGAAUGAAAUGAUAUUUGAGAGCAAUGGGGCAUUUGUCUUUCAUGACUCAUGUGGCUUUGAAGCAGGCAGAACAUAUGAGUUGGAUAAAGUCAAGGAGUUUCUGCAAAAAUGUUCAACCAACAAACGGCUCGAGGAUCAUCUGCAUGUGAUUUGGUACUGCAUCCCAAUCAAUGAUGAAGCCAGACCAUUUACAAGAGCAGAGGUAACUUUCUUCGAUGAGUGUGGGACUGGUAGAGUUCCUGUUAUUGUCCUGUUUACAAAAGCAGAUAUUCUUGAUGCCCAAACCAUCAAACACCUGGUUGACACUGGAAUGGAUAUUGAAGAUGCUGCAAAUAAAGCUCCAGAAGAGUCAGUUGCCAUGUUUGAAAAGAGGUUUGGUCAGCAACUCUACAAGAAAAAGUAUCCUCCCAAGGGUCAUGUGUAUUUUCGAGGCAUGCAAAAACCUACAAGUGACUGCAGUGAACUGCUGAGGAAGACAGCAGCCACCUUUUCAGAUGAUACACUCUUACAGCUGUUUCUUACAGUGCAGCAAAAUAAUGUGGCUCUGUCAAUUGAAUAUGCAAUUAAAAGGUUGGAAGGUGUUCAAAGAAAAGGGAGAGUGGCAGAAGAUGGUUGGGACGAUGCUGAAGUAUUUUCCACAUAUGUGGUGGAACAAAAUAAUAUAUAUGAACAGUUGUGGCUUGGUAGUGAUGAUGAUCUUGAUGAUGAUCUUCUUUAUGAUUAUUAUGUUGCUGAUGAUUAUCCUCUUAGACCUGUGGAGGAUGUCCUCAAUCAUACUGACUGGUCCUUGAUUCACAAUACCAAAUCCUUCAAGGACAUUGCCUUUUUAUGUAUUGUGACUGCUAUCCUUGCAGAGCACUCUUUCUUCCUGUGGAAAAAGAAACUUUCACAGUCCACUGCCCCCUACAAAUUAGCCAUGCAAAAGUUCAACUUGUCUGCUGAUGUGGCAAAAAUUCAAACUGCCAUCAAGGAGGCAUCUCAUUUGAAAACUAAGGAUGAAAAGAAAGAAGCCCUUGUAAAGAUUGCUAUGGACAAUCGUCUUCAUUGUGUCAUUUAA